CACGACUCCACUCAAAAAAAAAAGGUUCAUCACACGACCGGAGAUAAACACGCCCAACCCGCCCGCCGCCGCCGCCGCUGCUCCGCCGUCGCGGCGUCAUGCUCCACCUCCGGCAGCGCGUCCUCUCCCAUCUCGUCUUCGCCGCGCCCUCUCCUUCCACCUCCCCACUCCUCUCUCUCCAGCGCCUCCUCUCCACGGCCGCUGACCCCCGCAUUUCUCCGAACCCUAGCUUCGCCGUGGAGGAGUACCUCGUCUCCUCCUGCGGCCUGACCUGUGCCCAGGCACUCAAGGCCUCCGCCGAGCUCUCCCACCUCAAGUCCCCCGCCAACCCCGAUGCCGUUCUCGCCUUCCUCGCCGGCCUCGGCCUCUCCGGCGCCGAUGUGGCGGCCCUCGUCGCCAAGGAUCCGCGAUUCCUCUGCGCCGGCGUGGAGAGAACUCUGGGCCCUGUCGUCGCGGUGCUCGCCGGCCUCGGCCUGUCAAAAGCUGAGAUUGUGCGCCUCGUCUCGCUCGCCCCCGGCUACUUCCGCCGCAGAUCCGUCGUCUCCAAGCUAGAGUACUACCUACCGCUCUUCGGCUGCAUCGAGAACUUGGUCCGGCCGCUCAAACACGGCUGUUCAUCCGGCUUCCUCGGCUCUGACCUCGAGAGGGUGGUCAAGCCAAAUGUCAAUCUCCUAGCAGAGUGCGGGCUAGGUGCUUGUGAUAUUGCCAAGCUGUUCAUCCGUGCGCCGUGGAUACUUAGUGCCAAACCAGGGCGUGUCCUGGAGAUGGUUGCAUCUGCCGAAGGUAUAGGUGUGUCCCCUGGCUCUGGAAUGUUCAGGCAAGUGCUGCAUGCUGUCGCAUAUCUCAGCGAGGAGGAGAUUGCCGCCAAAGUGGAACAGUUGAAGAAGACAUUAAGGUGGUCAGAUGCCGAGGUCCGCGUUGCUGUGCCCAAGUUUCCGGCUGUGCUGAUGCGGUCAAAGGACAUGCUGCAGCUCAAGUCCGAUUUCCUCAUCUCUAAGGUGGGGUUGGAACCGGCGUACAUUGCUCACCGGCCGGUAAUGCUCGGUCUUAGCCUGGAGGGCCGGCUCAAGCCCCGGUACUAUGUUAUGCGAUUUCUUAAGGAAAAUGCAUUGCUAAAUCAUGACAGAGGCUACUACAAAAUCGUCAUGGUCAGUGAGAAGGUAUUUGUGGAGAAGUUCAUAUGCCCUCACAAGCAAGCUGCACCACACAUUGCUGAAGACUAUGCAGCCGCUUGCAUAGGGGAGGUUCCUGCUAGAUUCAGAUUUACAUGAACCAAGAACAGGCUAUGAAAAUUGGUAGCUGCGUGUUCAACAACAGAAUUUCCACUCAUCGUAUUAAGCUGGUAAUUCAUGAUUAGGUGUUCUUUUCAUGACUGAAUUUUGGUUUUGUUGUGGCCAAUGCUUGACAUUACUGAUAACUUGAUUUCUGAACCCCAAUAUGUUGAUAACUAAGAAAGUGUGACAUCAGGGCAGUCUGCAAAUGCUUUCAAGUAUUAAUGAAGAGUAUGUCUGCACACUCUAUAUCUUUAUGGUCUUAUCUGCAAAUGCUUUCAGUGCAAUCCUGAGUCAAUUUAUCUUUCCAUGAAAAAGGGUUCUCAAUAUGGCCAUGAAGAUGAUACGAAGUCCCAAAAUUUGUUGAACUUUUUUGCGGGAAUAAUUCUAUAGUUGUUGAUGCCACAACAUUUUGAUAACUGCUGAGGGUGCAGUUUUGAUAUAGUCUGUUGGUUGCUUCCUCUAGUUCUUCAACUUAGCUGGAUGUCUUCAUUCUUCAUGCAGUAGCUUUGUUUAUAAAAUAUUAACUGUUGUAAAAGCAGGUCAUUGUUUUCUAGUAAUUUGUAUCAGUUUUUUGCUUUA